GCAGUCUGGCUCGGGCACUGGUCCGGUCGGGUCGGCUCGGCUCUGCUGGAGGUCACCAGUGAAGAACAGCAACAGGCCCAGCGAUCGGCGAGAAAACUAGAUAGAAUCGUCUAACAAGUGGAUCGAGAUUGAAAACUGGAUUACGAGGACUGCGAAUCAAUUUCUUCCCGAGGAGCUACUGACGGAGCUGAUAGCACCGUCUGACAGACGACAGCACCGUCUUCCGAGUUUGGGAUAAACCAAGGAACUCGUAAAUCGGACCAAAGGAAAGAAGAUCAAAGGAAGAAGGAUAGAUACAGCAUUCAGUUUUCAUCAGCGUCGCUUACCAAGCCUUCAAGUGAACAUCUGGCUAUUGCCGAUAUUGAACGGUCGAUUAUAACAAUUGCAGUCACUGGUUAAUUAUUGUGAUAAUCAUCAUGACCAUUUGAUAGAGCUGUCGUAAACACAAACCACUGAGAAAACCUUCUGGUAUGAUUCACGCUCGUAGCUCUCGUGGGGUCACCCCUCGUUCCCUGGUCAACCGAAAAGCUCGGCCAGCUACGUUCCCAACCGGACCGCUUCUGUCACCCAGGCUUCCACCCUCAUCAAGCACGAUUUUCUCCUCUCGACCCAGCACUCAGACCGAACGAAAGUCGAAAUUCACACCGCUCGUCCGUGAAAAUCGUCCGGUGACGCCGAAAAUUGUCAUCGAACUGGCUGACUCCGAGCGGCCGACCGUGCCCGACAGCACAUCGCGGCGACCCAUGCAGGUGGCGCCACCGUCGCUAAAGAGCUUGCCACAGAUGUCGCUGCGGUCGGGUCGGAGCGGGAUCGGCUUCAGAGGUAACGGUGACGACAGCAGUUGUAUAGGGAAAGCAAAGGUCGACACAGACUCCCAUCAGACAUACCAACGAGCCCCCAUGUCCACUCUCAGCCCGACUGUGAUCCCCAGAAGAAGGCGAAGUACCUCGUUUGCGGGGAGAGAAACAAUGACGCCUCGCGAAGCGAUUGGUGCGACACAAGGACAUGCUCGACGUGCUUCGCAGCCACUACCUACCACAACUCUGCUGGCGCCGCUGCACAGCUUCGAACGACGUGGAUCGGGGCCGCCAUCAACGACGUCAACGCGACUGCGAAGACGUGGCACGCCUCUAUUCACAGGCGUGGACACGGGAAAAGGAGGCGCCAUGUCCACACAACGCCGUCAUAGUGAAAUCAUCGCCAACAGACCCCUGAUGGCGCCACCUCUCCGCGCGCUUCGUCGUCUCUCCAGCGAGCCGGACGCAAUGGUUCCCAACAUUCGCCACAGAGACACCUAUAGGCGAGAUUCAGAAACUCAGCCUCGCAAGCGCGCCGCAGAGGUCGUGGUCUCCGACCUCCGUAACGGGAACGUGUCGGCUCCGACGAUGCGUCUGCUGGGGCUGGUACAGCGCGUGCCGACCCCGGGUCGCGUGCGAUGCCUGCUGCGUCGUUACGACGCGCCGCCGGUGGACGUUCUCAGUGAGCGCUCGCGCCGCGUCACGAUUCAGUUCCACAACGAGCACCCAGCUACGCCGGAGGUGACACGAGCCAGGUCACUCUCCAUGCCAGCUAUGGAGUAUUCCGAAAGAGGUGGUGGUAUCGUCUGCAAGACAAACGAUAUCAUGCGCCUACAGCAAGCGUUCGGAAAAAUCGACGGAACGGAGGAGCGACCGUCAACCUCGGCCGCUACUAGCGACCCUGGCGGCAGCUUGGAUAAUCAGAGGAGCCGACUGUCGACAACAGAUGGCAGUGUCGUUCCUUGGGAAGGAAACGACAUGAUGGUUAAUGUUUGGGCUCUGGGCAAAGCUCUGGAGGAUUAUCUGAAUGUUUCUGAGCGGGGCGCCUCACAUUGAGGAGCUCGAGCUCUAUCGCUGUGAUCGUUGGAAACACUGAACGUAGCCGUCUAAAGUUGUUGUUUGUAAUCUUUAUAACUUCUACAUCAAUCUAUUUUACAUGUUCCCUUUCUGAAUAAAGACAUUUAUGAAUUGAUGCCGGAAAGACGGGUGAUCAGGGAAAUAUAUUCAUCUCUAGGCUGAAGAUA